CCUUUUCCUUGGCUGUCGACAGUGAGGCAGGUCUGGCGCAGGCCCAGGUCCCCAGCCUGCUCUGCGUUCUCCGUGGGGAUAUCGCCUACACACUGCUUCUGGAGGCCUGUGGCCAGCUCUGCUCUUCUGCUCUGCCAUGGACCAUCACACUCCCACUCUGGCUUUCCAAUUCUUUUAUCCUAAAAUCAGAGCUGAGGUCAGCCCACUCCAGUUCUGACAUCUCAGGGCAUGUGUGGGGCUGGGAUGGUGUCUUCCGCUUCAAUGGAGACCUCGUCCGUUCCGAGGUGAUGCCUCUGGUCCUUCGGAGACGGGAGCUCAGUGUGAGCUUCAUGUUGCCCACCCUCCUCCACAGGCAGAAUCUUCCUGGCGCUGCUUCAGUGGGCUUGUCGCCUACAAAGGCAGGCCUGCCCUCCCUGGUGAUUCUUCUUAAUGUUUAACAUCACUUAGUGUCAGAACAUACUGGUUCUAAAUUUUCUGGUUGAGUCUGUAUGUCAUUCUGGUGUGAAGAGACGAGUCCCACUUGCUUUUGGAUGUGUGUGGUGGGGCUGUUAGGUUACCUUCCGUGGAGUCUCCCUUUGUCCAGAGAAAGGCAUUCUAGCACUGGGCUUUUCCUUUCCUUUCCUUCCCUUUCCACGUACUUCUUUCCUGACUUCUUCGUGUCCCUUUCCUGUCGGGCCAGAACCUGCAAGUGACCUAAUCUCGAGGAGAACGAGCAAAGGAAGGGAGUUCAGGAUUAUGCCUCGGCUUGGGGUCGGAGCAUCUGGGCAAACAGCUGUCCCGUCGACACGAUUGUGGUGACCGCAGGAAGAACAGGUGGGAGAGGGGAAGCUGAAGAGAAGGCUCUGAGUCAGACACAGGCUCAUGUCAGGAUGUGAACGUAGCCCUAGUCUGGGAGAGUGUGCAGGAUGAGAAAUGGGGCAGGGAGCCUGGGCAACAGCAGGAAGGAACAGGCAGGAGAAAGAGGGACCAGCCCAGAGACUGCAAAGAAUUUGCAGGUGAGAGGAAAACCAAGGACAUGAGGUGCCCCAGGGCCACAGGAAGAUGGGGUUCCAAACGGAAGACAUGGCUCAGCACCCCAGUGCGGGCAGGGGAGUCCAUUGGAGGAGGCUGUGGCCUUGUCAGGGCAGCAUCAGGGAGCGGCGGAGGCCAGAGCCAGACGAGCAGGCUUCGAGGGGCGUGGGAGGUGAGGAAGUGUGAGCAGCCCUGCAGGAGUCUCUCUGGGACAGGGAGAGUGGCGUGACAGGACCGUGGGGACGUGAGUCGCUGGCAUUAGGGGCUGUCCUGUUCUGUGCUCCUGUCCCGUGUUUCCUGGUGCAGACGGACUUCUAGAAAAAGAAUUUCAAAAGAUCUAGCGAGGCCACUGGCUGCGUCACUGCCUAGUAUCUAGCAUCAUGACCUGUUUCUGCUGCCCUGCUGGGUGACAGAUACAGCCCAGGGGCACGGGACUCAAGAGACCUAAGCUCUACUCCCUCGGCCUGAGCUUACAGCACCUGGCUCCUGCUCCUCUUCCAGGGAAACCUGCCCCACGUCUUGGCAAGCCUGGACCCAUCUCCUCAUUUCCCCCAAGUUCCCAAGCAUGUUGCCAGUAGGAAAACCCAGGAAGCCCCACAAGAGACAUACACAUUCAGGCUCAGCGGGCCAGGAGCCGCCUCUCUGUGCCGACUCCUCUGUGACUGGACCCAGGAGCCCGGCUGCUCCCCUGACUUCUCCUGGCUCCAAGUUUCACACCAGAGCUACCAAUACCUCUCACGGACUUGGCUGGGGUGCUUUGGGGCGCCUGCUGGAGACGGAGGUUAAGCUAGAGUUUGUAGAUACAGAAGAGAGGGCUGUCAGUGGCCACAGGAAAACUGGGUCCUCUGUCUCCCCGAAAGGGAGUGGACGGGAUCCGCCUCUACAGAGGAAGAGACCUCAUCCCCUCCCCAGUUCCUCGUCGGUCCCGUCACCUGACCAAGUGUUCCUGGGAGAGCAGGAAAAAGUCACCCCGGGCCUCCAUGUCUACAGCGAGAAGAGACAAUCCUGCUCCCGGGAGAGCCCCGAUCUUCACGCCGUGGCCUCCCACGUGAAGUGCCUGGUCGGCCCUGAGUGGAAUAAGCCAAAGGGAGACUCUGGCCUCUGUAACCUCAAAUCUGUGCUUGGGCAGGAGCCCCCUGGGCAGCCCGAGAAGAAGGCAUCCAAACAGAAGGCGCGUGGACAGAGAGAGGACGGGGAGCCCACACUAAAGAAGUCGAGAGACCCAGCGCUCAGCCCGGGCCAGUCCCCUGUGGCCACAGCGCCAGUCCAGGCGGCCGGUCUGGACAGGUCCGAGGUGGGCCAGCCCCGUGAGAGUGAGAAGGUGAAGCAGGCUGACGUCCUCAUAGCCCAUCUGGCCAGGGAGGUGCGCCGCCUCAGGAGGUGGAAGAAGAGGCAUUUGCUCGCUGCUGUCGGGGAGCCGUCGUCCCUGGAGAACCUCCAGAAGCCGCCGUGCCUGAAGAAGCUGGUCAGAAUUCUGAAGGCAGAGACCAAGGGUUGGGCUUUCCCUAGGCGUUCCCCCAGCCGCCUGGACACGGCGGGGCAGAAGCCGGCGUCCGACAUCAGACGGCUGUUCACUGCUGACUGCAGGAACGUCUACCACGUCACCUGCCCUCGCUGUCAUGCUAGCGUCCCACAGGGCAGAUGGAAGGGCCGUUUCCAAACCUCAGGCCUGCUCCAUCACUUGGUGGGUAAGCAUGGGCUGGAGAGAGCAAGGAGGCCAGCCGCAGCCAGCCCAGGGGAGAAGGGGGAGGGGACCGAGGAGAAAAAGCACAAGGGUCUGCCCGCCAGCGCCGAAGGGCUCCCGUCAGCAGGACAUGGCCCUGGUACCUCCACUUCGGGAGACAGUGGCCAGCAGCUGGCCCCGGGCAGGCCUGAGCCACUGUUCCUGGCUCCACCCCUCUUGCCUGCUUCUACCAAAGAUGAACCUGUUGCUCUCCCGCUAGCGGUCACGGAGGGCCAGAGUGACCCCUGCGCCCCCAGCCCGCCCCGAGCCCAGGCCUGGAACCAUAGCAUCGCAGAGCUGCUCUGUAGCCUGGCCUUGCCGCUCUCCUUUGUUUCGUCCCCGUCUUUCAGAAGGUUUAUGGCCCAGGCGGACCCUUGCUACCACGUGCCGCCUCCAGCCUUCUUCUCCAAUACCGCGCUGCCUCUGCUGCACACGGCCGUGGACGAGCAGGUGUGUCGGGAGAUGCGGCGGGCCGAGGGCGGCUGCGCCCACCUCACCGUGUCCGCGGCUGCCGGGGACUCCGCUGUGGACUACGUGGCCGUCUCUGCCCACUGGGGGGCAAUACGGCCGGGCAGUCGGCAGGGGGCGUCGGAGAGCCGCAGGAAGCAAGCCGUGCUCUGGGUUCGAGGCCUGUCCCAGGAGAGCACCGCGGAGGAGAGGCAGCGGGAGCUGCGGGAGCAGGUCAACCUGUGGCUCAGCCGCACCUGCCUGCAGCCGGGCUUCCUGGUAUCGGGCAGCUGCCUCAGCCUGGAGCAGGCCGUGAGGACGGAGGGCUACACCCACCUCCCCUGCUUUGCCCACUGCCUCGACUCCCUGGUGACAAACUUCCUGUGUCACCAUCAAAGCGUCCAGAUCAUCCUGGGGACGGUCAGGGCCAUCUGCAGUCACUUCCACAGCUCCGCCAGGGCCAGGCAGCUGCUGACACAGCUGCAGCGGCGGUGCGGCCUCCCGGCCCAGCAGCCCUUUUGGGAGCUCUCAGACCACUGGGUGUCCGCCUUCCGCCUGAUGGAGUGGCUGGUGGGGCAGCAGCGGCCGCUGCGGGAGUACGAGGAGGAGCACCAGCUGGGCAAGGCGGGUUCGGCCCUGUCGGCCGUGUUCUGGAGCCUGACGGACAGUCUGGUCACGCUUCUGCGGCCCUUCCGGGUGGCAGUCCGGGAGGCGAGCGCGGCUCGGGCUUCUCUGAGCCAGGUUCUGCCGCAGCUCCGCCUCCUACACAUCUUCGUGGAGCAGGUGCCCCAGCACUUCGAGGAGCAGGGCGGCGUGGAAGUGGGGGCCGCCGUGCGGCUGGCCAAGGGCCUGGCCCUGCAGCUCACCACAGACCGGCAGCUCAACGAGCUCUUCCACCGCGAGGAGUUCGUGCUGGCAACCCUGCUCGACCCCCGCUUCAAGGGCCGGAUCGAGGCCAUCCUGCCCACAGGGGCCGACAUUGACCACUGGAAGCAAGUUCUCGUGUACAAGGUGAAGGAGAUUAUGGUGUCUGAACACCCCUUGCCUCCCUCGCCCUCCCUGCACGGCCCCCAGACCAUGCGUGCAGUCCCCACACUGAGCGGUGGGGGAGCCAGAAGCCUUGGGGCCGAGGGGAGGGGCUGGAAAGAGCCCUCGCGGAGAAGCGGCUCUGGGUCUCUGCUGCUGGGCCGAAAGGAGAGGAGCUUGCUGGAGCAGCUGGAGAGUGUGGGGCUGCUGGCGUCUGAGAGAAGUGGUGCCUCCCUCGCCACCGAGAGCCACCUGGCCAGCAUCAUCGUCAAGAAGUACCUGCGUGAGAAUGAGACGAUCGGCGCCCAGGAGGACCCGCUGGUCUACUGGGAGAAGAGGCAGGAGGUCUGGCCGGCCCUGGCAAGACUGGCGACUGUCUAUCUGUCCUGUCCCCCAACAGGGGCCUUCUCUGGAAGUGUCUGUGCCUCCCUGGGCAGCCCUGCUCUGGUGCAGCACAACACCCCUCUCCCCGUGGGGACCAUCGAGCGUCUCCUCUUCCUGAAGACCAACCUGGAGAAUUUCCCCAACUACACCACCCCUCCCCUCCUCUUCCCCCAGGAAGACCUGGCCGAGGGGGAACAGGCCAGCAAGGCCGACCUCUGCCUGACUGUCUGAAAGUCUGCCUGCGGGAGAGCUCUGCCCGGGCUGGGAGGGGAGAGCAGACCGAGCACUCCAGGCUGUUAGACGGGGGUGUUUGGAGUCCUAAAGCUGCUGGAAGGAGUGGGGACAGUUUGUCAAUUCUUGAUAGGUUGCCUUUUGCCUCCAGGGAGAUGUUGUUUUCCGUCCAGCCAUCGCUUAAUUUGUUUCCAGGAGUUUGGGCGUAGAAGAGGUCACAUCUGUCAGGAGGUGACUGUAAAUUGUCCUGCGCUCUAAGCCUCAGUGCCCUUUGCCAUGUGUGUGGGCAAUGAGGGCCCGUGCAGCUUGUCUCUGUACGUGACAUGCCCUUAAGGGCCCUGCCUUCUCAAACAGCGACCAGGGACUAGAAGAGGCCAGGGUGCUGGCAGGUGGGAAAUCUCAGCCAGCGAGGCCCAGUAAGCUAGGCAGCCUUUUCUGCAGUUGGCUUGCGCUGUAGAAGAAGCAUGCGCUAGAGCAGCCAUGUUAAGAGGGAAGCUUAUGCACACACGCACACACCGGUCUUCCUGGGGUCGGUACUUCCUCAUGGAUCCCACAGUGGCCAGAGCACCCCCGCCGAUGGGACUGUCCAGCCAGGACAGCUGAUGGAACUGUGGUUGGUUUCCAGACUGCUGGAGGCCCUGGGGUUUCUUCCUUUCUACAGUGAAAGCGGUCUUGGGAGGAGCUCCACAGCUGUCCAGGCUCUCAGUAGCUUCGUUUAUCCCCCGCCGCCACCCGCAGCACCCACACCUCCCUGUCUUCCUGGUCACUUGCCAAGUGCAAACCCCCCACCUGGAAGCAAGGAGAGAUGCGUAUGAGACCCACCGGAGCCAGACAGCCCAGGGGGCUUGCAGGGCAGGGUCGGAGCCGGUGGGGUCAGGUGAGGAGAGGCAGGAAGGGAGAGGCUAGAGGAUCAGGGCAGGCCUGUCACCCCGCACACGACCCAAGCCAGGCUCUCCUUAGGUUCUCGGGCGCCGGAAGGGUGGCAGUCAGAGGGAAGGUCGGUAGGCAAAGGUGGGGCAAGGCCCUUGAGGCCCAACUUGCUCUUGGGACCUGGAUGUGGGGGCCAGGCCAGGACACCUGUCCCCUCGCCUCCCUUGGAAGGGUCAGCAGUCCUGCGUCUCUAUGAGUAAUUCACAAUAGGACAUUUGGAAAUCACCGAGGAUGUAAGGAAGCGAGCAGGAAAAAUUAACCAGGAUCCUUUCACUCGGACAGGCUUGCUAAUAACUGGACAUACUUCUUUUUUUAAUCUUGGGAUCAUAUCCUCUGUCCUGUUAACUGUGUUGUAAUUUCAUAAUUACUGCAUUUUGUUUCUUAAAUAAAGCUUUGUAAGAUCA